AUGAGUAUUUUUUGUAAGGUGUACCAAACCGAUCCACGAAAUGAGACAGGUGAAAAAAGAGAAGUUAUUGAACUAUUUAAGCAUCCAUUAUACAACAAUAAAAGUCUGGUUGCUGAUUUGUGUUUGUUAAAGAUGAGCAAACCGUUCAACAAUAUUACUAAUUACGCAAUUAUUUCCGGAAGCCCCGAGCUCUUUGCAAAUAAAACCACCUUGAAAUGUUAUACAUUUGGUUGGGGUAAAAAUGUUGUUGGUUACCCUACACAUAGAGCAAAUGUAGCUGAAGUUUUGGUGAAGUACGGUCUGGAUGCUUGUGAAGUACCACCAGACAAUAACUAUAUAAAGAAUAUUAUUAAAAACACAUGGACAGAUUUUUUGUGUCCUGUACCCAAUAACCGUAUGACAUGCGUUGGAGAUAGUGGAGGUGCUUUAAUGUGCCAAGGAUUUCUAUUUGGCAUUACCAGUCAUGGUUAUAACUACUAUCCCGGUAUGUCGAACUUAAACACAGAAUGCGGCGAUGCUCGUGUUCAAACUAGACUUUUAUUUAUUUACGGUUACCGGAAAUGGAUUGACGACGACAACGUGUAA